ACAGGUAAACACGGGUAGUGUCAGUGGGAGCGCACCUUUUCUGUAGAGUAUCUGUGAUUUCUUCCGGGUUUUUCCGUCUCACUUUGUUUUGUUUGGGUGUAUCAGCUCUCGGCUCAGCAUGAGAAAAACUCCCUUUUUUCCAGCCGUAAACGCCGCUUUCUUCGAGCUCUGUUAAAAACCAACAUGUUUUCUGGGGGUUUGAUCAGCAGAAAACCUCGGUAACCUCGGAGAAGUUCAUUUUUCUCGUGAUUUCACCCCGACCCGAGACACCUGUUGCUCCGGUUUCGACGGACAGGUGCUUUCCUCUGAAACAGGGAGCAGCUUCGGCUUCUCGGAGCUGUCAAACUUGGAUUAAAUUUGUGUUUUGUUUUGUUGUUGUCGUUUUUUUUAAAACAACAGUGAGAAGCGGACAUGAAAGUUACCGUAACUUUCGGGGACACCUCUGUGGUGGUUCCCUGUAAAGCUGGAUGGACCGUUCGGGAAUUGGUCGAACAAGCCACACGGCGGUACCGCAGGAUAGUAGAGCAGCAGCAUGGAGAGGUUCCUGUGAACAUCCACCACUUGGAGUACACGGAUGGAGGGAUCCUGGACAUUGACGACCUGCUCAGUGACCUGGUGGAAGACAGAGAGAAGCUGGUGGCUGUGUUCGAUGAUGACCAGCGCAGCAGUACGGAAAGCCCCAGAGACUCCAUCUCCAACGGCUACUCCAGCGACGGCGCAAGUCCUGAAGCCAUGCAGUACUUCCCCCACCUGGAGUACGAGGAUCCAAGGAGAGGGGAGAUCGAGGUCAACGAGGCUGUCCUCAAAGCCAAUACACCUCUGUUGGUGAGGAGCAGCAGCGACUCCGUUUUGGCACCUUCUCAUGAGACAACCCCUCCACCUUCACCUCCACCUGAUGACCAAAGCAUGGAGCCUCCACCCGAGCCAGAGAUCAAAAAUGUACUGAAGGGAGCCCUGGAGAGACUGAACACGGAGAACCCCCCACCCAAAACGAUGAACCAGAUUAACUUCAGUACUCUUACAAGGACGGUUGAGGUCCCAGGUGACCGGGCCCCCCUGGGUAUCCAUGUGGUCCCCUACUGCUCCUCCCUAAGUGGACGACCUCUGGGCCUCCAUAUUAAAGGCAUUGAGGAAAACAGCCGCUCUAAGAAGGACAAUCUCUUCAAGGAGGAUGAAUGCAUCGUCCAAAUCAACGACACGCUGCUGCAAGACAAAACCUUCUCACAGUCUCAGGAGGUGUUCCGUCAAGCCAUGUCGUCUCCUACUGUGCGUCUGGAGGUUGUGCCUGUAGGCAGCAAGCCUCGCUAUGAGAAGACCGUGAUCGGCCAGCUUUUCACUGGCGACGGCAAAGAUUCCCCUGUAAAGGUCAAGAGCCCGAAAGUACUCCGUCCUCCGGCCGAGAUUCAACCCGAACCCAAACUGACCCAAAAAGUGGAGCAGAAGCAGCCAGACCCACGACCCAAGACUCCACAGCCAGCUCCGCAGAACACACCGCCACUUCAGCCCCAAUAUGGGUCUUUGGAGAGAGCUUCACCCACACCUCCAGCUCAGACAGCGAGCUCUUCCCCUCCACCCAGGACCCGCAGCCAGAGCCCGCUGGCCAACAAGAGUCCUGCUGGACCCGGGCUUUCUAACCUCACAAACAAGAAGGGUGGCAAGAGGAUAAAAAUUGACCUGAGGAAAGGCACUGAGGGUCUGGGCUUCACCGUGGUCACCAGGGACACAGCAGUCCAUGGGCCGGGGCCAAUUCUGGUUAAGAACAUCCUGCAACGAGGCGCAGCAAUCAAAGAUGGCCGCCUACAGCCUGGAGACCGCAUCCUGGAGGUGAAUGGAGUGGAUAUGAGCGGCCGUACCCAGGAGGAACUGGUGGGCAUGCUGCGCAGCACCAAGCAGGGAGAGGUGGUGUCUGUGCUGGUGUCCCGGCAGGAGGACGUCUUCCUGCCCCGAGAGCUGAAAGGGGAGGAGAGGAGCAGUCAAGCGAUGGAGGAAGGAACAGAGCAGCUGAUGUACGAGAUCCCGCUCAACGAGACGGGCUCGGCCGGCUUGGGCGUCAGCCUGAAGGGAAACCGAUCGAGGGAGACCGGAGAGGAUCUGGGAAUCUUCAUCAAGUCCAUCAUCCAUGGAGGGGCUGCGUAUAAGGACGGUCGGUUAAACGUAAACGACCAACUGAUCGCUGUAAACGGCGAGUCGCUGCUCGGGCGCUCCAACCACGCUGCCAUGGAUACGCUAAUUCGGUCCAUGUCGUCAGAAGGGAACAUGCGGGGAACCAUCCAACUCGUGGUCCUCCGGUCACCCAGACAGGGCGGUGGCAGCAACUCUGCAACAAGAACGGCAACAAACACCAACUCCAACCAUCAACCCAAUGUGAAAGCCGGAUCCAGCAAUCAGGAGCCGAGUCCCUCCGGUCCCACCAGAACCGCCAACCCGGAGUCUUCCAUCAACGGCGGCGGUCGCAUGCUGGCGAAGACCACCGGCCACGGAUACGACGACUGUGCUCCAACCGCCGCCAACGGCAACUACGCUCACUACGGCCUCGACGAUGACGAGCAGGGCUUCCCCCCGCCGCCCUCCCCUGGUUCUGUGGAGGAGAUGAGCAGAGACCUGUCGCUAACUCCACUCUACCACAGCGAGGAGGCCAGCAUGCCUGCAGUGUUCUACCCAAGUAGCCAGUUCAUCAAGGAAAAGGACAACUUUCCUCGCAACAGAACCUCCAAGAGCAUGGACCUGGUGGCCGACGAGAGUAACGUUGGAUCGCUGGUGGGGCAGAGAAACGAGUCCCAUGUUGGAGGAGCGCUGGGUCCCACCCUCGGCCUGGUGAAGUCCAGUUCCUUGGAGAGCCUCCAGACGGCCGUGUCCGAGGCGCAGCAGAGCCAAAGGCAGGCUCAGGUCCCGUUCCACCGGCCGCGGCCGCACGUUGUCCGGGGUCGAGCAUGCAACCAGAGCUUCCGCAUCGCUAUCGACAAAUCCUACGACGGACCCUCAGAAGACGAUGACGACGUGUCGGACGACAGCUCUGGCCACGAGACGCCUGCCAGCACCUCCUCCCGUCAGGACCUGGAUGCGGACGACGGGGAGAAGAAGAAGAAGAAAACCAAGGGAAAAAGGAAGGAGAAGAAGAAGAAGCUAAAGAAGAAAACAGAGGACUUGGUGGAUGAACCAGAGAAGAAGACUAAGAAGAGAUUUAACCUCCUAAGGUUUGGUAAGAAGAAGGAGGACAAGAGCAAAGAUCCGGCGAAGGGAUCCAAGAACCGACUGGAAGCGCUGAGUGAAGAGGAGCUGGACAGGAUCCCUGACAGCAGAGAGGGCAACGAGCACCGUUAUGCCGACGCCCGCUCUGGGUACGCCACCCCUGACCAGGCCUCGCUGCCCAGCAUGGAGGACGACGACAGCGACCCUAACUACGCCCGCAUCAACGACUUCCGCCAGCCGCCCUCACCGCUGUCGCUGAGCCGCACGCCUUCCCCGGCGAUACCACGAGGGGGGCCGAUCCAACCUCAGGCCUCGUUUGAGGACAUCAACGGACUCUACGCCAAAGUGAACAAAUCCAGACAGCAGCAGCAGCAGCAGCAGCAGCAGGCCCCUCCAGACAGCGAUCAGCGGAUCCAGGGAUUGCGUAGGGAGUACCAGCAGACCCGAGCCGCUCCGGGUUACGAGGAGCUGGAGGCGGCGAGACGCAGAGUUCUGGAGCACGACCCAAAUCGGAUGGCACCCAGAGGGGUUGAAUCCCGAACAAGGCACCAAUAUGAAGAGUUGGAACUGGAUUACAAUCCAAAACCCAGGAGGGAUCCGUAUGACUAUCCCACACACUCCAGGACUCACAGGGAGCCAGUCCCUUACCCCGGUCACUAUCAGGACCCUCCAGGUCCCAGCAGCUCUGGCCGUUUGCCACUCCCUCAGUCGUCCAACCAGUCCCAGCAGGCGCCCGCUAAUCAACGCUACUACCCGUCUGCCCAGCAACACCGUGCAGCUCUGAGACAGGAUGUCCCUCCGUCUCCCACGGCUGGUCGCAGAGGGCGGCAGUACUAUGAGCCCGCGGUAGGGAGAGGAGACCGGCAGGCCAGCCCCGGCCGCUACACCAGCCCAGACAGGUACCCUACUGCAAAGCAACGCUACGCCAGCCCUGAUGGAUACCGUUAUGGGGAUGAAAGACAGCCUGAGCCAAGGCGGAAGGACCCUAUGAUAGGUGCAGUAUAAAGUGAUGAAAGUUAAGGUUUAACACGGGCGCUUUGCAGAGAGUUAUAUUUAAAUGUAUAUAAAUAUAUAUAUAUAUAUGUUGUUUAUUCCAGUAUUGCCAAGGUUUAUGAUGACAGAUUUUAUAAUGCAAAAUGAACUUAGAUUAAAUUGCACAAAUAUUUACAGGUGCCAUAUAGAUGUUUAAGUUGAAGUAUAUUCCAGCACUGAAAGCACUGCAUUUUGUCCAGAAGGAUCAAACAGAAGGUAAUAAAUGGGGGGAAUCACCUUUUUGACAGGAAGCCGACAAACAAAAACAGGAAUUAGCUCUCCUUCUUGACUUUUAGGCCUUGAUGUUUUGCCGCUUAAGCUUCCUUUACUUCCUGACAUGUCGUUUGUUUUUUUUCUUUUGUCCUUUUGCCUUUGAUUAUGUGGAUGAGGCCGACACCUUUACUGUCCGAGAAGAAUUUAAUUGUGAUAUUUUUGUGUUUUUUCUAAUAAAGUAAGUAAAUAAAGGUACUCUUAUGAGCUAUGCUACUAGUAAUGAAUUAAACAAAAAAUCUUUUCCUCUUUUACAUCUCAAACCUGAAAUAAGUUGCACUGACUGAUGUGUAGCUUAAGGCUUGUUUCAAACAUUGUCAAAUAACUGAUUUUUUUUCUUCUUUUAUACAAAUACUUUGCAAUAAAUAUUUUUGAGAUUCUCA